AUGAAAAUAUUCAUCGAACUUUCUCAAUCAACUCGACCAGAAUGUCUUAAUGGAUGUUCUGCAUGCCCAUAUAAAUGUACAAAUCUAUCGAAUAUUCAUCAUCAAUCUGAACUUCAUUGUGGUGAUGGUUUUCAAUGUUCACAAUGGUUUUUCUUAUCGAAAUGGCGUGCAAGUAUACGUAAACAUAUGAUAUCGACUCAUGGUAGUAGUUUAGCAUCAUUAACAAAUGUUCUUGAACCAUUAAUACUUACGAAAUCUGAUGAUGUUAUUGUUAUUGUUAAAAAAUGGUUAAUUCAUGAAAAUGGUAAUAAACAUGAAGAUGAUCCAAAUAAUAAUAGUACACAUACAAUGGAUAUAUCAACAUAUUAUUGUUCAUCAUGUCCCUAUAUAAAUGAUAAUCGUCUAUCGUUUGAACAACAUGUUAUACAUCAUAAUUUACCUGUAAAUGAUGAAGAUAUUUAUACAUGUACAUUUUGUACGUUGAAUACAGAUGAAAAAGAUUUGUUUGAAGAUCAUCAAAUGUUACACAUUGUGAAAGAAGAUUUUUCACAAGAUGCAACAGCAAAUUUCGUAGAAAACACGGUUAUUUAA